UUUGACCACUCCUUCUCGUGUGUUCGCCCCGCCCCCAAGGGUUGACUCUUUCCAGCUCUCGCUGUGUAUCUUUCACUUCUGGUUUUAUCUCAUUUUAUUAUAUUUCCGAAAGAAAACUCAAACAUCAUCAAGGUGCUUCAGGUUAGUGAAAGAUGGUUGUCCCUGUAGUUGUGUACCUCCUGGUUGCUUCCAAGCUGCUUUCCACCGCAGUGAAGUGUGACAGCAUCAACUUUUACAACAUCAGACCUCCUGUGGAUGCUACGCCGUAUCCCAAAAGCUUCAAGUGCUUCACAUGCGAACAGGCCUCCGACAACUACAGCUGCAAUCGCUGGGCUGAAGACAAGUGGUGUCCUCAGAAUACACAGUACUGCAUGACCGUCCAUUAUUUCGGGCGGCACGGAAGAACGAAGUCCGUCACGAAAAGGUGCGCGGCGUUCGACGACUGCAACCUGACCGGCUGUCGGCAUCACGGGAACACACACCACGGGGAGUGUGUGUCGUGCUGUGAGGGCAUGGCCUGCAACGUGGAGCUUCCCACCAACCACACAAACGCCGUGUUCAUACGCAUUCAGGACUUCAGCUCGGCCGCGACGCGCCACACGAGCAGCCGGACUCCUGUUCUUCUUCUAACCGCAGCAUUCGCAGCACUGUUGCCUUUGUGAUGGAACUUGACACGCUCCAUUGACGUUUAGAGCUUUCCGAGAUGCUUUGCUGCUCACCACGGUUGUAAAGAGGGCUCAGAUUGGUGUCACUUUUCUCGUCUGACCUCAGGAACAUGGUGUUUCUCCAUGCAGAACGUCUGCUCACUGGAUGACUGGAGGUUUUUUGGUUAAAAUUUCAUUGUUACGACUGGAACGUCGCUUAAGACCUCCAGGAGAAAUAAUAUCAAAGCCGUCUUACUGACCCUCCAGCCAAUCAGCCCACGCCAAGAAGAAUCAGAGGCUUGGCCCAUGGUAAUUUUUCGCCCGUGACAUGCUGAACAGGAUGGACAAAAGGAAUCCGAUUUCCCAGGAGUAAUGCUGCAGGUGGUUUGUAUUGACCCUGUUGAAGGGACACGUAAAGGACAGAGGGAUUAUGGGAUGGUGGGACCGCCUCGUCCAGUGGCUUGGAGCCCAGAGACUAAACCCAGAACUCGCUGGAAGAGAUCUGGUCCUUUUUUUUUCUCUAAAUAAUUGACAUGGAAAGAAAAAAAUGCGACCGAGGGUCCCGGCUGAAGCGCUUAGAGACAUUUAACGGAUAUUCAUAGCUGGAUUUAUGAAUGAAGAACAAAUAAAAAAUUAUAACUGUCAUAAAAA